AUGGUCAAGUUAGAUAAAAACGCUGUAUUGGAAUAUGCUACCUUCAAAGUUCCUUACGAGGAACUCAAUAUGGAAUUUCGUCGGGGGCACAAGAAUAUGGAGAGGGUUGGUGCUGGGUUAAAAAGAUCGAUUGCUGCGUUACGUAGCGCUUUGUCUGAGAAGGAUGGAUGCGUUUCGGUCGCUACCGCUCGUGAAGCUUUUCGCGAUUUCAAAUCGAAACUCGAACAACUUGAUGUGGCGAAAAAAGAGGCAGUGAGAAAGCAACGGCAGUUUAUCAAGAAUAUGCAAAUGCGGAUUCAGUUUUUGCGAAAUGAGGAUAUAUCACAUGAAAAAGCACAAAGAGAACUCGAGAUGUGGCGACGUGAUCGUCAGCAAGUGGCAAGACUCAUUUGUUCGCAGAUGUUGAGAUGUGGUCAUGUGGAGAGUGCAAAAGCAUUGGCAAAUGAAGUGGAAAUCACCAACAUGGUGGAUUUGGAGGUUUUUGCCAAAGUUGAACGGGUUAUCAAUGCAUUAUUGAAUAAGGAUACGACACCAUGCUUGGAAUGGGUCGGGGAACACAGAUCAAAAUUGAGACGAAUGGGUAGCAAGCUCGAACAAGUUGUGCGAGUUCAGAACGCUGUCGAAUUGGUCCGUGAAGGACGAGUAAAAGAUGCUUUGAUGUAUAUCAGAAAACAUCUGGGCACCCUGAAGGAUGGUUGGUGUGAGGAUGCCAUGAAACUGAUGGGGCUGAUUGCAUUACGAGGGCAUAAUGACAUCCCUGCUUACAAAGAACUGCUCAGCGACCACCGUUGGCAGAGACUGGCUGACUUGUUCCGCGAAGAAGUAUUUGCUUUGUAUCAGCUCCCGCACCAGUCCGCUUUUGCCAUGUGUCUUCAGUGCGGCCUCAGCGCAUACAAAACACCGCAUUGCUCCCCAGGUGGAGUGGAAAGAUGUCCUACUUGUCAACCAUGUGCUUACGCUUUGGCUGAAGGUCUUCCAUAUGCUCAUACCGUCAACUCAAGGCUCAUUUGUGCUUAUUCUGGUGAGGCGUUGAACGAAGAGAAUCACCCAAUGAUGAUGCCUGACGGUAGGGUCUACGGAGAAAAAGCCAUUCGUGAGCUGCAGGUUGACAACAUGGUACGUUGUCCCAGAACCGGCGCUAUGAUCCCCAUCGAGCAAGUUUUGAAAUUGUACGUUCUUUAAAACCCUCGGCGUUUUUUCCAUAUGUGCCAAUUAUUUUUUUCUAACAAAUUUGAAAAACGGAAAUUAGACCUUUAUUUCGUUCGUUAUUCAGUGUAGGUUCUCGUAGUAUUUUUUGGUUGGUUUAUGUUAUUUUUUCCGACAAGCUCUAUUUCUCUUGGCUAACGUCGAUUUUGUUUCAAAGACCAUAUGUCACUAACAUUCAAUAAAGUGCAUAUACAUUCUUAUAGUAGUACAAAA